AUGUCAUCGUCUGCUCUUGAAGAGCCUGACCACAACUACCGCCGUACAUCGUGCGACGAUCUUCUUGCUGCAUCUGGUAAUGAAGAUGAUUCCGAAUCAGACCACGAGGUCGAGGGAAUCCUGGGUCGCAGCGUUGGUGAACUCAGCGACGAGCAGCUCGCACCCAUAGCACCUGUCACACGACGCAAGUCAAGUACCGCUGCCUUGAAGCGUCGGGCUUUCUUUAUCAGGACAAUUGCUCUCUUGUGUGCGUGUUGUCUGAGCGUCGGAAGUCAUUAUGCUUCAUAUGUGCUCGGACCGCUAAAAAGUCGUCUUUCUCGAGAAUUGGGAACUUCACAUACCGAGUUCAGUCUCUUGAUAUCGGCGUUUAGUCUCAAUAGCACCUGGACGCCUCUUCUGGGCGGUGUCUUGGCCAGCAGCCUCGGUACAACCUUUACUAGCAUCCUUGCAACAGGCAUCAUCUUCCUUGGUCAAAUCAUCUUGCUCAUAGGCGACAUUGUCGGUAGCAUCCGGGUCAUGGCCUUUGGCAUGUUCAUAUUCGGCGUAGGUGUAAGCCCUGUUGCCGUCGUGCAAGAGACCAUCAUUGUCCGUUUUUUCAAGUCACACGGACUCGGUGUCUCCAUGGCUUUUGGUCUCAUCGUUGGCAAGGGUGCCUCCUUCGUCUCUGCCCGCACGUCUUACCCGUUGACGGAGACGUUCGGGCCCCGUGCACCGUUUUAUGCCGCCACUACACUGGCUGGCAUGUCCGUCAUCGUUAACUUGGUAUAUAUCGCUGCUUCUCGAUGGCUUGUGGAUGGCGCCGGUGCCGAGCUCGAGGCUGCGGAUAUAACUGAAGAGGCUCGACGGAGGUCCAUAACGAACAUCACAGAAGCAGAGGCCUUGGAAAGGGUCGCUGCUAAACGGAGAGUCCACCUGAAAGAAAUAACGAAGCUUGGCGACGUCUUUUGGUCAUACGUGGGACUUAAUGUUCUUUGCGGCGCGAUAUGGUCACCUUUCACCCAUCUGGCUGCAAAUAUUAUCGAGAAUCGUUAUGGAAUGUCCGAACAAGAUGCCGCUAACGAAGCUUCGUACCUUCUAGCCGGCAGCAUUUUCUUCUAUCCAAUCUGCGGAUUCCUCGUUGACCGUCUUAGGCAUCGACCCAUCGUCGUUCAGCUCUUGCUGCUCUCCUCGUGCCUGACAUUGUCAGCAUACGGAUGGCUAGUUCUACCCCCAAGUUGGACUCAGAGCGCCCGACCAGCCAUCGGCGCAUUUGCAGUGGGACAUGGAUUUUCUCCUCUUCUGCUUGUCGUAUUGGUACCAAAGAUUGUGCCUCUAAAAUAUGUGUCCACUGCCCUCGGUGUACAUAAGAGUUUGGAGCAAACCGGAUCAACUAUAUUCCAGACCUUGGCUGGCCUGGCGUUGGACACGCACAAGAAAGGCCAUCACCUUAUGAAUAAGAUAUCUCAGGGGAACACUGCAGCUAUUCAGUACCUCCUCAACAUAUUUUUCUUCCUGAACAUGCUUCAAAUGUUGAGCAUUCUUGCCUUGACCCCUCGACGGACAGAGGAAAAGUACGGGGGUAGAGAUCCUUCCUCUCAAUCUUCAAACCAUGAACCAGAGACACCUCUCUUGGGAGCAUCACAUUCUCACCGACGGUACUCUUCAACGGGAUCAAGGGUUAGGUUUUACAGUGAUGAAGUCCGGAGCAAGGGCGAAAUCAGACGUGGGGAGGUGUUUGUAUCGCUGAGCGCGGGUCUCAUUGUUUUCGCGUGGGUGUUGUUCCUUGGAACAGCGUGGUUUAGACUCGGGAUGAAGAAGGAUCAAGGGUAG